GCCAAACAUAGAUUUCUUGCCCAUCGUCAGUGUUGCUCUCACAGGGUAAGAUGGCGCGAGCUGCUAAUCGACAGGCAGCUGAGAUCGAUUAUGUGAAUCAACCCGAUCCCUCCACUAACGGGCGUCCCAAGUUAGAGACUGGGGAAAAUCACGCUGAAUCGGGGACAAAGCUGCUCAGAAUGGUCGCUGUUGGCUUUGGGCUUCUUUGCAUCCUACAAGUUGCUCUCAAUGUUUCCCUUCGUCUGACUCUCCACAAACCUCAGCCCACACCAGAUGUGGUGUUUUGCAGUAAUGAGACUCAGGACAUGUGCAAGCUGAAGCAAGAGACCAGGGAGUAUCUCCAGAAAGGAUGGCUAUAUUUCUGCGACAGUUUUUAUUACAUGUCGUCCAUCAAGAAGACUUGGAACGAGAGCCGGAAGUACUGCCAGCAGGAGGGCGCCGACCUGGUGGUCAUCAACAGCAGAGAGGAACAGAACUUUACCACACAGUAUAGCAGGGGCAGGCUCACCUGGAUCGGACUGUACGAGUUAGGUGGGACAGAGCAGUGGAUAUGGGUGGAUGGAGCUCUGCUGACGGACAGCUACUGGGGCCCCAACGAGCCAAACAGGUUGGAAAAAGUAAAUCCAAGAUGUGUGGAGAUGAGGUUCUUCGACACCGAAAACAGCUGGAAUGAUAUAUCCUGUACCACUGAAAACUUUUGGAUUUGUGAAAAAGAAACAGCUCUGUAAACAAACAAACAAUCCAAAAUUUGGAAAAUGAAUCAGAAAUGUAUAAAAGGCUGAUUUUCUGUUGCUAGUAUAAGCAUUGUGUAUUUGGAUUUUUAAAUGUGUUUUUAAGAUGAAAGCCAUCGCUUUGAUAAUUUCUGUUCAUUUCUGUCAAUCAAUCCAUCAGUCGUAUUUAUUUGUAUAGCACAUUUCAGCAGGAUCUGUUUCCUUUUUUCAACUUUUGGUCUCUUGGUGACAUAAUUCUGAGGCGGACGUUUUCCUGCAGCAGUGCAAAACUGGCAUUCUUCUUAGUUGCGUUUUUUUUCUUCUUCUUCUUUGAUUACUUAUUAAAAAUUUGAAGGCAGAUUGUCUGUUUAUUCAGUAAUACCACACUUCACCCAGGAAGGUAAUCAUAAAUUAAUAACUGAGAUGAAACUACUUAUUUUCUGAUAAUCAGGCAGAGCCCUGACUUGUUCAUUUUGAGCCAAAUUACUAAUUUUGUUCAUUUCAUUUAUCAUCUGUUGCUAACUAUUUGUGGUUAUUCAAAGCAAACAAAAAAAAAGCAUUUUUCAUUGUGAGAAGCUGUUGAUCCCCUUUUUCACCGACCAAAUGUUGAUUUUUAGAAUGCAUAAAACUGAAAUUACCAUGCAGAAAACAUCCAGCUGUAGGAAAGUGGCUAAGUCAACUUCAGUACUUAUUAUUUAUCUUUGAGGCUUCAACAACUGUAGUUUAUAAUA